UGUAAUAGACGACAUUAAUUGUAGUUCGACCACUGACUAACACACACAUAAUACAUUUACAGCAGCCUAGUGACAGACAACGAACAAUAAUUAAUUAUUAAUUUUUACAUUGUGAUUUGCGAGUUUAUUCGGAUUUGAUAAAUAUGUCAGAUGGCAGGCAACGUCUUUCUGGUUGUGAAUAUAAAAAAAGGAAAGCUGAAAAGGAAGCAACCAUAAAAAAACAAGCAGGAUCUUUAAAAAAUUUUUUCCAAAAGUCUACUGUUCUACAUGAAUCUAUAUCUGCGAGUAAUAACAUAAUUACUAAUCAUACUCAAAAUACAUCUACAUCAACAGUUAUAGAUUCUGGUAUUCUAACUUCUGACCAAGUUGAUGAAAAUCCGAUAGAAACCGACAUUGCCUUUACUAAAACGUUAAUCACAUUAAACGAUUCUUCAAACCAUUUAAUUUCAUCUGAAUCUAAAGAAUUAACGUUAAUUAUAGGCACUGAUCCUGCAACUUGUCCAACUUUUUUAAGCGAUAAGUUAAAAACAACAAUCGUUGAAAAAGGCCCUCCUUCACCCAUUGCCAAAACUUUCGUAUUUCUUUUGGAACACAAUAAUUGUAGAUUUACAGUUUUUAAUUAUCAACGUUGUCUGAGUAACGGAGAAAAUGUUCUAAGAACAUGGCUUGUCUAUUCCUUGUCCAAGAAUGUUAUUUUUUGCUAUUCUGUAAACUGUUUUCAACUUCAAAAACUAAACUAGGAACAGAUGGAUAUAACGACUGGCGACACGUUUCUAUUAUUUUAAAAGAACACGAGACAUCAAAUUCCCAUCUUAGAGCACAUCAAACUUGGAUAGAAUUUUCUUCAAGAUUAAAAGCUAAAAAAACGAUUGAUGACUAAUCAACGCAUAUUUGAAUCGGAAAAAAAAUACUGGAAUGCGGUUUUACAGAGAAUCGUGUCAGUAAUACAGCUUUUAGGUCAAAAAAGUUUAGCAUUUCGGGGUUCAUCAGAUCAACUUUACAAACAAAACAACGGCAAUUUUUUAAAAAUUAUAGAGCUUAUGGCGUUAUAUGAUCCUAUAAUGUCCGAACAUGUUGGAUGAACAAUGAAAACUAAAAAUAAAACUCAUUAUUUGGGAAAAGACAUACAAAAUUAAAUCAUAAACUUAAUAUCCGGUGCUAUUAAGACACGCAUACUUAAUAUGGUUAAGGAAGCGAAAUAUUACAGUAUAAUUUUGGACUGUACUCCUGAUUUAAGCCACGUUGAACAAAUGACCAUUAUUAUUCGUUUUGUAUUUGUUGAAUCGUC